UACCCAACUCGCUUAGCUUUUUUGCCGAAACAUUGACUGCCCUGUCUGUGUCUCACAAUCAGAUGGUCGGCGAGGCGUAUCUAACGGAGGAAUUGGAACUCCCGGCUUUGAGGGAACUUAACUUGGCAUCGAAUCACAUUACUGGUCUUGGAGCGCUUGUGCAGUUCUUGCAUGCACCAAGUCUUGAGAAGAUUGAUGUGACGAUGAAUCGCAUCAACGCUCUCCCGACAAAUCUGAAGGAGUCUUUCCCCAGUCUGAACGUCUUGCUAGCGGGCAAUAAUCACAUCGUCGAUCUCGAACCAGAUAUGAUCAAGGGUCUCAAGAUCGUUGACGUGAGCAACAACGACAUCGCUCAUCUGAACCCUCGCAUUGGUCUUCUCGGCGGCCCCGGCGGACUCGAACGUUUUGAAGUGGCAGGUAACCGAUUCAGAGUUCCACGAUGGAAUGUGAUUGAGCGAGGCACAGAUGCCACUCUGCGGUGGCUCAGGGGCCGCGUGCCAGUCGCUGAUAUGGCGUCAUGGCAAGGAGAUGACGACGAGCCUGAGGUGGAUUGAUUAUGAGCUGUAGACUUGGCGCUGAUUGUUACGCACUUGUCAUGGGUGGUUGUUUUCGCUUCUUGGUACAUAUUUUGACGUAUUUUAGUUUUAUUACUGGGGACUAUAUACCAUCUUGCUUUCUUGUUAAUAUACUUUUACCUGGG